AUGACGUGUUUACUUGGACUGUACCUGAGCCUUCUCCUUUCACCAACUUCAAUUGUGCCAGUGGCAAUUUUCUUUAGAGCAUCAUUAUGUGAGAGGAAAUCGGCAUCGCGCUGGCACUCUGUGCCAUAA